AUGAAGGCACCUACGAGAGCAGCAGUCCCCCCUUUACCUCGUCUUAGAGUGAGAAACCAAGUGGCCAAACAACAAACCAAUCCAUGUCUAGUGAUUAUGACCCAGAUGCUAAAUUGCUGGGCUUCUAACGGUGAAGGUGCCGCCAGUUGUACAGAUUUAGAGCUCCAGCUUAAACUGUGUAUGAAUAAAGGUGGAAAGAUCCCUCCUCCUCCAAAGCCAACUUUGAACUACCAUGCUUCCAGAUUACUUCCGAAAAUUCACAAGAAGUCCAAAUGA